UCUUGCGCCGCCGCCGCCGCCGCUCCCGCUGCUCCCGCCCGGCCCGGCCCGGCCCGGCCCCACCGGAGCCCCCGCGGGGUCGGGCCCGGCCCCGCCAUGGCCGAGGAUUUCUGGGAGGCUCCGCGCCGCUGAGCCGGGCAGGGCCAUGGACCGGAUGAAGAAGAUCAAGCGGCAGCUCUCCAUGACGCUGCGGGGCGGCCGCGCCCCCGACAAGGCCCUGGGGGACCCCCGCGACGGCACCGGCAGCGACAGCGAGGCGGGGGGGGACGAGGCCCGGAUGGGGUCGGACGGGGAGAGCGACCCCCCCUCGGGGACAUCCUCGGAGGAGGUGGCGUCACCCGUGAGGCUGCGGCAGCACCCGCGGCACGGAGCCUGCGAGGAUGUCACCAAGCGCCUGUCCCUGCCCGCUGACACCCGCCUGCCCGAGGGGGGGCUGGGGCUGCCCGGGCCCCUGAGCCGCCGCCUGCGCCGCGUCUCCCUGUCUGAAAUCGGCUUCGGGAAGUUGGAGACCUACGUGAAACUGGACAAACUGGGAGAGGGCACCUACGCCACGGUGUACAAGGGCCGCAGCAAGCUGACCGAGAACCUGGUGGCGCUGAAGGAAAUCCGGCUGGAGCACGAGGAGGGGGCGCCGUGCACGGCCAUCAGAGAGGUGUCCCUGCUGCGGGAUCUCAAGCACGCCAACGUGGUGACGCUGCACGACAUCGUGCACACGCCGCAGUGCCUGACGCUGGUCUUCGAGUACCUGGACCGGGACCUGAAGCAGUAUCUGGACGAUUGUGGGAACGUCAUCAGCAUGCACAACGUCAGGCUGUUCCUGUUCCAGCUCCUGCGCGGUCUCGCCUUCUGUCACCGUCACAAGGUUCUGCACCGCGACCUCAAACCCCAGAACCUCCUGCUCAGCCGCCGGGGGGACCUCAAGCUGGCAGAUUUCGGCCUGGCCCGUGCCAAGUCCAUCCCCACCAAGACGUUCUCGAGCGAGGUGGUGACGCUGUGGUACCGCCCGCCCGACAUCCUGCUGGGUUCUACCGAGUACAGCACCCAGAUCGACAUGUGGGGGGUCGGCUGCAUUUUCUCGGAGAUGGUGACGGGGCGGCCGCUGUUCCCCGGGGCCACCGUGGAGGAGCAGCUGCAUUUCAUCUUCCGCCUGCUCGGGACCCCGACGGAGGAGACGUGGCCGGGCAUCGGUGCCAACGCCGAGUUCCGGGCACACAAAUACCCGCUGUACCCGCCCGAGGGGCUGCGGCAGCACGCGCCACGGUUGGACCAGGACGGCGCCGACCUCCUGGGGCAGCUGCUGCAGUUCGAGGGGCGGCGCCGGGUGCCGGCGGCGGAGGCCAUGGGACACCCGUUCUUCAGCUGCCUGGGGCCGCGCGUCAGCAACCUGCCCGACACCACGUCCAUCUUCGCGCUGAAGGAGAUCCAGCUGCAGAAGGAGCCGGGGCUGCGCACGGGGCCCCUGCCCCCCACAGGUUCUUCCGCCUUCCGGGUGCUCGACACCGAGUUCUGAUGUUGAGCAGCCCCCGGAUCGCUGCUGCGCCCCCCCCAGGACCCCCCCAGAUUUGGGGCUGGGGUCCCCCCAAAAAAAAACCUCCAGGACUUUGGGGACACCCCAAAACCCCUCAUGGUGGGGAGGGGGGGGUCCUUGGACUGCUGACCCCCCCCCCAAAAACCCCCAAGGAACUGCUGCUGGAUUUUGGGGGGGGGAUUUCACUGGGACCCCCAUUGUGGGGGGGUCUGGGGGGGUGGAAUUUUUGGGGGUCCCCCCCCCUAUUUUUUGGGGUCCCCUCCCCCAUUUUUUGGGGGGUUCUUCCCCCCCCCCCCCCCAAUUUACGUCGAGUUUUAUUUUUUCAAGGCAAUAUUAUAAAUCAGAGUCUAUAUCGGCCCCUCCCCCCACCCCCGGGGCGGGGCCUAAAGGGGGCGGGGCCUAAAGGGGGAGGGGCCAAAAAGGGGCGGGGCAGCCUGGGGAGUGGGGGAGGGGCGCGUAUACUCGGAGGUUAUUCGUGCUUUACUACCGGGUUACUCGGGGUUGGGCCCUUUUCACGUCAAGGUUACUCAGACUUUACUCCAAGGCCGGACCCACUUCACUCUGUGGUUACUCCACAGCUACUCCAUUGUUACUCAGAGUUUACUCGCAGGUUUGACGCACUUCACUCCAUAGUUACUCCAGGCUUAGUCA